AUGAAACUUGAUAGAACCGAAGUGAGAAAAUUUCACGAAAAUACAAAGAAGGGCAAACAGGUUAUAAAAAAUACAAAGAAAAAGGAAUAUAAACAAAAAGAAUUAUGCUUCAAGUGUGAACAAAAGGGCCAUAUAGCAAAAAUAUGCUUUAGCAAACAAACUUCAAACCCUGGAACCUCUUCAAAUACAAAUACUAAUAUUGAGCAAGUGAACUUAAUAGAAAAGGAAGUUAAUGUUUGUAAUUCUGGUGUCUUCAAAGAUUUCAUUAAUGUCCAAUUUGUAGAAACACAUCAAUUAAUGAUCAAUGAAAGUAUAGAAGAAAGUCAGCAGUAG